AUGCAUAUAGCUUCGGAAAUUCUGAAAUACUGGAUAGUACGCAAUGUGUCAUUUGUUACCAUCGCUAAUAUCAUUACUACUACUACUACUACCACUACUACUACUACUACUACUACUACUACUACUACUACUACUACUACUACUACUACUACUACUACUACUACUACUACUACUACUACUACUACUACUACUUAUCGACCCACCACUACUUGUUAA